UCUCUCCAAAGACGCCAUGGCAAGACGCAUGCGGAAUAGCAGAGCCUGGCACUAUGUCUUGAGCGGGGUGCGUCAAGAUGCGGACUCGCGGGUGGUGGCGUUAGCGUCCGGAGCACGCGGCUGGGCGUACGAUUCCGAUGGGCAGCACAGUGACUCUGAUUCGGAGCCGGAGUUCCCUUCUCUGUCGCCGUCCAUCCCCACCGCCAUCCCUGUGACCGGAGAGUCCUACUGCAAUUGCGAGAACCAGAACGAAGCUCCGUACUUCUCAAACCUCCACGCUGUCCACCGGAUAAAAGACUGUCGGUGCGGCGAAGAAGAUGAAUAUUUUGACUGGGUGUGGGAUGACAUGAACAAAUCGACGGCCACGCUGUUGUCCUGCGACAACCGCAAGGUGAACUUCCACAUUGACUACAGCUGUGGCACCGCCGCCAUCCGUGGGAACAAGGAGCUCGCCGAAGGGCAACAUUUCUGGGAGAUAAAGAUGACGUCGCCGGUCUAUGGCACGGACAUGAUGGUGGGAAUCGGGACCUCAGAUGUGAAUCUGGACAAGUACCGGCACACGUUUUGUAGCUUGUUGGGUAAAGAUGAAGACAGCUGGGGGCUCUCUUACACAGGGCUCCUCCACCACAAGGGUGACAGAGUCAGCUUCUCCACACGGUUCGGACAAGGCUCCAUCAUCGGGGUGCACCUAGACACCUGGCAUGGGACUCUGACGUUCUUUAAGAACCGGAAGUGCAUCGGAGUCGCUGCCAGCAAGCUGCGGAACAAGCGGUUCUACCCCAUGGUGUGUUCCACGGCGGCCAAGAGCAGCAUGAAAGUGAUCCGCUCCUGUGCCAGCCACACUUCCCUGCAGUACCUCUGCUGCUACCGCCUCCGCCAGUUGCUGCCUGACCACACGGACACGCUGGAGGCCUUGUCCCUCCCUCCGGGACUGAAGCAGGUCCUCCACAACAAACUGGGCUGGGUGCUGAGCAUGAACUGCGGCCGGGCCUCCCCCUCUUCGGGCAGUGACUCAGAGAGCUUGUGCGGCUCGGAGGCCGAGGCGUGCCGGCGCAAAAGAUGCCGGAGGACAUAA